UUUUUCUAUGUCUGUUUGUUUGUGCUCUUGCUCUGUAAACACUUCAACUGUUGAUAAUAUAUCAGCUGUUUUGGAUGUUUGUAAAAAUUUGCGAAUUUUUUCUAAAUAAGUAGUGAUUAUUCUGAAAUUUAAAAUGUCACACACACCUAGUUCUCUUUAUGAAAUAUGUUUGAAAGUUACUGUUGAGGACUCUGUUAAAGGAUGGCCCUACAAGUUAUGUGAAAAAGAACUUAGAAGUCUUCCAAAUAGUAUUUUGUUCGAUUGUUAUUAUGAGCUUUUUACAAGAGACCAUUUAUGCAUACUAGGCAGUGAACUUGGGGAUGUUAAAAUUCUUAAUAGACUCCUCUCUGUCACUUCUAAACGAACAAAAUUGUUAAAAAUGUAUCAAGCAUUACUUGACCAUGGAAAUAAAUGUUCAAGUAUUUCAACGACUUUAUUAUCCAAUUACGAGACACUUGCGAAUAUUUCCACAUCAAACCCAAAUGCACUUCUCAUAGAUGUUGGGAUAAGGAUAGCAACCUUUUUCAAUGAGGGGGGAUGGUAUGACAGCACUAUGGGGAUAACGGAAAUGGCAGAAAGUUUAUGUAAGGAUUUUCCUAGGGACGAAUCUAUAUUGAAGAAAUUAUUGGAGUGCUAUCAUAGGAGACUAUAUGCUCAGGUAAAUUACAAGGAAUUGAUUGAAGCUCAACGUACGAUGACGUUAAUUGAAGAAGUUAUGAAAGAGUUAGGGAAACUGGAUGCACUCCCUAACCUUGCUGCAAUUUAUUCCAACUUCUCUGGCUUUUACUACAUGAAAAGUGACUAUCCUAAGGCAGUUUCGUGGUCUCAGAAAGCCCUCAAAUCGCUCAACAAGGAUCUACCGACAAGAACCGUGAUCGAGGUGUUGAGACAGGCCUCCAAGUCCUGCAUAGUGAAGAGGUGCUUCAACCAAGCCGGGUUCCUAAUCAAGCAGGCGCUAAAUUUAGCGUCAAAACUCUACGCCAGGGAUGAGCAUCCUCAGUAUGCGGAUACAUUGAGCGAUUACGGUUUCUAUCUGUUGAAUUCCGAUUCCACCGAAGAGAGCGUCAGAAUUUAUGAGCAAGCUUUGGAAAUUAGGAAGUCGGUGUUUAAGAAAUAUAACAUAAAUGUUGCCCUUGCACACGAGGAUUUAGCCUAUGUUUUGUACGUCCACGAAUACAGUUCUGGAAGUUUCGCAACAGCAAGUGAGCAUGCCGAGCUGGCACUCAAAAUAAUGAACCGAAUAUUACACUCGGAUCACCUUCUCAUGGCUUCAGCCAAAAGAGUGAAGGCUCUCAUAAUAGAAGAAAUCGCCCUAGAUCUACCGGUGUUGGACAACGCCAACGUCCAAGAAAAGUAUCUCAGAGAGUCCGAAGAACUUCACAAAGAAGCCCUCGCCUCUUCGUUCAAAACGUUCGGCGAGAAAAACGUAUUGACCGCGAAGCAGUAUGGGAAUUUGGGCCGGUUGUAUCAAAGUAUGAAAAAGUUGGAGGAGGCGGAAAAGAUGCAUCUUAAAGCGAUCGCCAUCAAAGAAGAAUUGUUAGGACCGUACGACUACGAAGUAGCCUUGAGUGUUGGACAUUUAGCUUCGUUAUACAACUAUCAGAUGUGUCGUUUUAGUGACGCUGAGAAAUUAUACAAGAGGUCUAUCGAAAUCAACGUGGAUUUGUUCGGAGAGGCUUAUUCUGGUUUAGAAUAUGACUAUAGAGGAAUUACGCAUGUUUAUGUGAAAUUAUCCGAUACACACAACGUUCACGUCUAUGAACAGAAAAUGAGGGAGUGGAGGAGACUACGUAGACAAGCUAGAGCGGAGGAAAAUAACAAUGAAAUUUUGCCUGUGGACCAAAUUGUAGAUACUUACUUUACCAUGUGUUAGGUUUGUCUAGUCAUUUUUUAAAUCGUAAUUUAUCUACGCUGAAUCCUUAACAUCAAAUCAUUUUCAAUCUGAGUUAUUAACAAUUAGAGUUUGAAUUCUUUCAUGCAAUUUUGCUUUCUUAUUAUUAUUAAUAAUAAUAAAGAUGACUGCCCGCAGCCUGUAUAUCAGAAUACAUGCACACGAUUAUGUUUGCAUAAUACAUCUAUAAUAUUCUAAGACGCUGAGGGGAAAUCCGGAAUGCCACUUCAAUUUGAUAAUUAUAUAUAAUUGCCAGUUGAAAAUGGCAAUUUCCUUGUAUAAUUGUCAGUUUGAAAUGUCAAUUAUGUAUAAUUGUCAGUUUGAUAUGUCAAUUAUGUAUAAUUGUCAGUUUGAGAUGUCAAUUCUGCAUAAUUGUCAGUUUGAGAUGCCAAUUAUGUAUAAUUGUCAGUUCGAGAUGUCAAUUAUGCAUAAUUGUCAGUUUGAGAUGUCAAUUAUGUAUAAUUGUCAUUUUGAAAUGCCAAUUAUGUAUAAGUUUCAGUUUGAGAUGUCAUUUAUAUAUAUUAUUGUCAGUUUGAGAUGUCAAUUAUGUAUAAUUGUCAGUUUGAAAUGCCAAUUAUGUAUAAUUGUCCGUUUGAAAUGCUGAUUAUGUAUAAUUGUCAGUUUGAGAUGUCAAUUAUGUAUAAUUGUCAGUUAUAAAUAAUUUCCAGUUGGAAAUGGCAAUUAGUGUGUACCUACUGGAAAUUUUGUUCAAACUGGCAAUUAUAAUUUUUUUUCUUUAAGUCCGCUCAGCUCUUCCGUAAAAAUAUGAUCUGGUUUCUAUUAGUGUAUUAUUUAUAGUGAGUGUCAAUUGGCUGAACUCGAAAAUAAUCCCAGUUGGCUACAAAAUGAUAGUGCUCUUAAUAAUGUGUAUAUAUAAAUCAAUAAAAUGAAAUCUAUUAACGUUAUGAUCGAUCAUAUGAAAUUGAUACAUGUUUUUGUCAGUUUCUUAUGAAACUUGAAUAUGGGAGUGAAUUCAUGGUGAAGCAUUUUAUUCUUUCGUACCUUUUUUAAAAUUUUCUUCAAAAUAGUAAAGUCUGAAGUCAGCAUCGCUUCCAACCCCACCUGUGUUCAAAUUUGGAAGUUGUUCAAAAUUGGGCUUAAAUUCCUGAAAACAAUCACGGUGAAAAACUGAUUUAUAUAGAUUUAAUAAUUCUUUUUUUUCUUCAUCAGUUCAAUCGAGUGAAUUUAUAUAUUCGAUUUUAUUUGUUGAUCAUGUUCCGAGUGAUCAUAUGAUUUAAACUUAAAAUGUGACACGGACUUUUUCCAUCACAUUAUCAAAAAAAAAAAAAAAACGAUUAGUUGUAAUGUUCUAGACACUCAAGUUAAUAUUAUAAUAACCGAUUCCCACAGAAUUCUGUUAGAAAUUUUAUUGAAAUGAGUAUAUUUACAAUAUUUGUAAACCAUUCCAAAUGCUUUUAUCUAUUCUCCGUUUAUUGUGAUAAGUAGUCUUAUGUUUGAUAAGAAAGUUUAUGUUGAAAUUGAAGUAAUGCAAAAUAUAAGUUUAAAAUCUA